AUGACGGCAUGUAACAAGGCGGAAGCGAAAACAAUAUAUACGAGUGCGAGAUCGACCUUUGCUAGGCGUUUCACUGAUCCAAACCCGGGGGACCAACCUACUGGAUAUAGUCCUGGUUAUGCUUAUGGUUAUGAGGGCCAUGAUCCCCAACAGAAUGUGAUCACCACCCAGCCACCUCCUAUGAGUCAGAUGCAACAUUCCACGAACGUAGUUGUGGUUCAGCAACAGCCUACCAACACGACUAUAAUACAGCAGACAAAUGAGUGGACUACGGGAUUGUGUGGAUGCUUUGAAGACUGUGCAGACUGUGCGGCGGCUUGGUUUUGUUGUUGGUGUCACAGAUGUUAUCUGUCUGUAAAACUGAAAGAAAGUUGCUGCUUACCGGUGUGUUGUUGCUGUUGUGACCUGAUGAUACUCCGAAUGAAAAUACGUACCAUGAGAAAUAUCCCGGGUGGCGCUAUCAGUGACUGCUGUGCAACUUCCUUCUGUGGUUUUUGUGCCGCAACUCAAAUGUCACGUGAGUGGGACAACAGCAACAUGGGAUGA